UUUACUUCAUCAGUGAGUGUUAAUAACAGUCCCAGGAUACUACUUAAACAGAUCUUUUGUUUUGCUUUUUGUCUUUGUUUUAGGAAAGAGAAAAUCAAAGCUCAUUGUAGUCUUUUUUUUUUUUUUUUCUCUCUAACUCCUCCUAUCUUGGGGAAAAGGAAACUAAUCCUUGGGUUCAGUUUCACUUUGAUGACUCAGGUCAACACAUUUGUAAGGUUAGGAGGUUGCACAUCUUAGUUAAUUCACUUUUUUUUUAAGGAAGGUUAUAUUUUUAAAUUAUGUGUAGAAGCUCAUUGGGAGUGUUCAGUAAAAUUAGCUUUUUGAUUUUACCUUGAAGCACAAAGUAAUGCUUCAUUCUUCAAGGGCACAGAUUUAGUAAUAAGUUUGCAAACAAAACUCAGACUUAGAUCCUGUAAAUGAAUCUGCCCAUGCCCACCCCAGCAGCAGCAGCAGCAGGGAGUUCUGUUGACUUCACUGAGGUUCUGCUUGUGCAGAUCCAUUUGCAGAAUCUAGUUCCAGGACUUUGUCUCAAGUGCCUGUAGUAUUUCAUGAAAUGCUAUUCACAGAGAUACAGCUGUCCUUAUGGAUGAACUUUGUUUACUUAUUGUUAAAGGGAUGCUGUCAAGUCAAAUUUAGUCCUAAAUGUAGGUUUUGGUUUUAAAGGAAAAAACUUUUACAAAUCUUCAAACCAAUUUUUAUUCCUGUAGAAGCAUCUCUUCCCUCUCCCUCCUCCCCCCCCCAAACAAGCAAACUUUCCUCUGCAUUGUGCUAAUGCAGAGGAAUCAGAAAGUGGAAUGGACUAGACACUGCUUCUUUUCCUUUCUUCCCUUUUUCUAUGUUAAGAAAAUUGCCUGUUGUUGAUCACGAAUGCGGCUGAACUGGUGCUGUAUAUAGUUUAAAUGGAAGCAAAGGCAAAGACAACCUGUUUUCAGCACCAAUGAAUGGAUUUUUCAAAGCCUGCUUUAAAGGGAUGUUGUAGCUUCUUACCCCCAAAAUAUCAGCACCCUGCUUCUAAAACCAUUAACUCUUCCUUUAUAAAUGUAUUGCUAUCCCUCUCAAGCAAAGUCUGCAAUAGUCUUUGAGGAAAGUGCGAGAACUCUUAUACCAAAAAACGCCCAAGUUUUCUCACCGUUCAUUUUACACACAUCUGCAGCCUGCAAAGAGCUCUGACCAGUUUGCAAAACAAGUACCUAUUUUCGUGCUUAUUAAACUAACGUAGAUUCCUCUCUCUUCGGUCUAGAUGGUAUUGUCUAUUCAGGAAGACAUAUGUUCUUGAGGAAAGUUCUUUCAGAGCUUAAUCUUUCAGAUGUCCAGGAGCGAAGAAGACCAGCUGUCUCAUCAAUUGGUUAUAGAGGUUUUGAGUUCUUGACUGGACGCAACUGGACAGCUGCAAAAGAUAUGCAGAGAUACAGGCAUUGUUAUCCGGGUUUGAAAGAAAGGGAACCUGAUGUUGAAGAGGAGGAGAUGUGGAAUUUAAGUUUUUACAAAAAUGAAAUUCACUUUUUGCCUCAUGGCUUAUUUAUUGAUGACCUCCUUGAAGCUUGGCAGGAGGAUUACGAGACUCUGGAAGAAAACCAUUCUUAUAUACAAUGGUUGUUUCCUUUGCGUGAACAUGGGAUGAACUGGCGUGCAAAGCCUCUCACAUGUAAAGAAAUUCAGGCCUUUAAGAAAUCCAAGGAAGUUAUGCAAAGAUUCAUCAGAGCUUACAAACUCAUGCUGGGUUUUUAUGGAAUAAACUUGAUCGAUCAAGAAACGGGGGAAGUGCGAAGAGCAGAAAACUGGCGUCAGAGAUUUCGCAACCUUGAUCGGUUUAGUCACAACAAUUUGCGGAUAACUCGUAUUCUGAAGUGUCUGGGAGAGAUGGGGUAUGAACACUAUCAAGUACGCCUGGUUAAGUUUUUCCUAACAGAGACACUUGUUUUCCAAACACUCCCAAACGUUAAGAGAAGUGCCUUGGAUUACUUCCUGUUCACCAUCAGAAACAAGCAGAAGCGAAGGGAACUGAUACACUAUGCAUGGAUGCACUUUAAACCUCAGGAUAAGUUUGCAUGGGGGCCUCAUAAGAAACUCCAGAAAUAUAAAGUUCCAUCGUUAAAGUCUCAGCACUGCCAAAAGGCUGAGGACGAGAAGGACUCCAUCAGAGAUAAAGAAGCAGUGGAAAAGAAUGAAACCAGUCCUCCAGACAGGGAGGAGAAAGUUGGAGAUGCUGCAUACUCAGAAACCAACAAGGUGACUGAUGAGUGUACCUCAGAGGAGCAAAGUAAGUGUGGUGCUAUGUACGUUGCAGAGCGAGGAGACGACGUAGAAGAGAGAGAAGCCUCACUUCCCCAACUAGGAGAGACAGUUCUGAGUGAAGACCUUGUGGGCAUGGGGGAUGGAGCAGAGAGUGAACGCCUAAAGGAAAGCAAGAAAAGAAAGCUUGAGAUGAACAGAUUAACUGGUAAGUGCACAGGGCUAUUGCAAAGUCCCACUGAUAUUGAGAAGAUCUCUUAUAACCUAGGGGAAUUUGCUAUCAAUCAAAAGACCACGGAGACUCUUCCGGCUUUGCCAGAAAAGGGUGAUCACGUAACAGCUGAAGAAGGUGACGUCAGUAGUGAAGACUUAAAGGCAUCUGAUGCACCUGUAAAAAAAAGGAAAGUUGAUGAGGCAGUGCUGGAAAACAGUACUGUAAAUGUGGCAAUAACCUUGAACACUGACACCACUACCUGCAACGUCCAAGCAGCAGGGGCUGAGCAAGGAGAAGUUAGUGAUGAAGAAAUUAAUGUGAAAACUGAGAAUGGUGCUGAUGGUGCAUCUGUGAAUUCAUUGCGUGGUUCUGAGACUAAUAAGCCUGAUCUGCGUUCUCUGGCAGGCAGUGGCUCAGUGCUAUGUGAAGCAAAUUCAGAAAUACAGAAUGAAGAGCACCAAUGUCAUGAAACUCUAACAGUAAGUGAAGGCCAGGUAGACAACAAAGAACAGAAAGAAGGGACAGAAAAUGUCGGUGCAAGAAGGGAAACAAAAAUCCCAGACAAGAACCGGGGUCAAGAGCUUCUUCAGCGGCGUGUGGUGGAAUCUUGUCCUGAAAAAGUCAGUGCUAGGAACAUAGCGCAAGAAAUUGAUUGCAUUAAGGACUCAGCAGAACUGAAUGAUCAGACAAUGGCAGAGAGUGGCAAAAACAUUGCAGUAGCACCAGAGCAUGGGGAGGAGGAAGGACAGUAAUGUCCUGAAUUCAAGGAGCAUAGAACAGUGAUUCAGACUCCAAAGGCACAUGGAAAAAGACGUCUCCUUUAAAACAAUCCAGAACAAACUCAUUCCUUCCCCUUCUUUCUGGUUGUCCUAACUAGAAAAAAAUCUGCUUGGUCAAUUUCGUAGGGAAGAGCCCCGGCCUCUUCCUGUUCCUGUUUGUAUCUGACAUGCUGGACUGUCUGCAAGUAUUUCCCCUCUUCACCUCUUUUUUUGGUAUGUGUUUUAAAGAAAGAAAAAAGCUUCUUUCCUCUUUGAAAGAGCAAAGCUCUUAUUUAAUAAGUGAUCUUAAUCCAUGGAAUACAGAUAUUUGUAGGAUAAACCAAUUGGUUUCUGAUUUUAUUUUUUUUACCAGGUAACUCCUCUUGGGCACUUUGGAAACUGUCACACUAAAAACGAGGCGUUUUUACAUUUGCUGUCUCCCUAGUAAAAAGGCCAAUGUGAGGCCCUGUUGUGAUAUCAUCUUGGUGAGGCUCUGCUGAAAUCAUUUUUUAAGGAGACACCAAUUUGGUUCUUCAGUGGUUGUCCCACUUGAAACCUGGUGCUUUUCUGCUCCGUCAGGGCGAUGGUCCCCCAUUCUGCUAAUAUUUGCUUGCAAAAGGGGUGAGGGUAGAGAAAUUUCAUGUAUGUGAAAAUGCAAAUGCCUUUCCAUUGGUAAGUUCUAAUUUUAAGAAUUUAGUUUGGAAUACCAGAGUUGUUGAUUGAACUACGCAGUCCAAAUGUUUGACAAAUAUUAACCUUAACGGGGCUUUUCUCCAGUCUAUGUGCAGGGAUGUUGAGGGUUUAAUUCCAUCUAGCCCUAGCACAAGUCACUUAUGCAUUUCUUCCAAGGGUUGUUGGGAGACUGGAAACCCACCAGUCUCUGAAAGAAAAGGAAAAAAAAUAAAAUACAAAUCCGGCAUUGCUUAAAGAGAGUGCUGCCCUCCUGGGAGUCCCUUUUCCUCUCUCUGUGGAGCCCUGGUGUUUUUUUCAGAUGCUACUUCAUUGGUUCUGAGUCCUUUAACUGUCUGUCAAUGCAGUUUUCAUCAGGCUACCAUUCCCUUGUCCCUAGUGCGGAUUUUCACCCUUGAUUUUAAUCCCUUUUCUAGUUCGUGCACAUGUUGUUGUGCCAGUAGCAUUCUGUCUCACUGUCCCAAGCAUGUUCUGCAGCGUGUCCUGUGCACUGUUGGGGAUCAUAGCUCUAUCUUGGCUGUGAAACAGUUAAACUGUUGAGAGGUGUGUUUUUAAACCAGAAGCAUCAUGAGAAUCUCUUGUCAGCCCCUGCCACCUACUGACCAGCACUAAUGAUAAUAUCUAUUGUUACUACCAUCUAACUUGCAUUUAAUGUUAAUAAUGUGCACAUCGGCUUUGUAAGGAAUUCAGCUGGCGUAAAGGAGCAUCAUACAAUGUCAUGCUGUAUGUAGGAGAAAAUAUUAAGGUAUUUACCGCAGUGGACCUGCUUCACCAAGCAGAAGGAGAAAAAUGCAGCAGCUGAAAAGACUGGACUUGAUGUUCAUUUAAACUCUGGUUCUAUUUUUGGUUGGUUUGUUUUUUAAAUACCAUUUGUUUUUUGUAGAGCAUUGCUGCAGCUUAGUUCAGCCAUCCUAUCAGAGAGUGUUUUCUUCUGCAUAUUCCAGCUCUUAAGCAAAGAGUCUUUAACUGUUCUGGAAUUUAAUCUGUGACUUGCCUGCUCAAAACUUGUAUGCCCUGAUCUGGCCUGGCAUUUACACAUAUGUGUAACUCUAAGCACGCAUGUAGUCUCGUUGAAGUCGGGGCAUAUAUGCUUAUAGUAAUACACAGUAAAGGCCUUAAAACCCAUUUGUUACAGUGUUUUUUCUCUAGAAGAAAAACACAUUGUGUUUAAAUAUUCAGUAAAACUAACUAAAGACCUUCAGUGUUUAGAGAACACAGGGAAAAAUUGCUUUUUAUGAAAGUCUUUGUACAGUUUUAUAGCUGUCUUUUUAUUUAAGUAACGACGGUCUCACUGGAUGUGUUCAUACAUGGCCCACUUUGCGUAUCUUGUAUGGUGAUGAGUUUUAAAUGAGAUCUCAGUAUAAUGUAUAUUAAAGUAUGAUUUUAAUGCAAAC